GGUAAAAAAAAUAAAAAAAAUAAUACCUGAUCUGGUGGACCUUCAAGUGUUGUUUCUUGACUUUUAGCCGACUCAAAUGCAUAUCAAUUUUUAUAGUAUUUUUUUGCUUCUUAACUAUUUGUUUUUGAUUUGAUCUGUUUCACUGACUUAAAUCAAAUCUUGAUUCUUUGGCAUUUUCUCACCACUUCCCAUCUAUCCCCAGAGAAUCAGCUGAAUCAAGAACUGAUUUUUAGAUUAUGUUUUCUUGAUUCUUUGAAAUGGGAACUUGAUUUUCAGUUUUUCAACUCAGAUGUUGUGUUCCUUUAGCUGGAAAACUUGAAAAAGGAAAGCCCAGAAUGAGAGGAAGUUUAGCUGGUGGACCACCUAGUCCUAUUGAACCUAGACAGAGGCUUUCUGUAUUCACUGAGGAAACAAGCAAAAGAAGGUUCUUGAGAAGUAAAGUUUUCAGAGAUGGGGAGAGAGCUCUUCAUAGUCCCACCAAAAACAGGAAUUUUACCUGCAAGUUCCCAACUGUGAAGCUUAUAUUGGGUGUUAUUGCUCUGGUUGCAAUUUGGUCACUCUGGCAUUCUCCAGCAAUUUAUAACACGGAAUACAUAUCUAGUUCAGGCUCUCGGGCUGCUUUGAUGCACAGAGAGUUAAGUGGUCAUUCUUCAGCUGAUCAACGUUAUACAUCACUUUUAGAUAUUGACUGGGACCAAAUUUCCCAAGUUAUUGAGAAACUGGCCGAUAGGCAUGAGUAUCAGGGCGUAGGGAUAUUAAACUUCAAUGACAGUGAAAUUGAUCAGUUGAAGGAGUUACUACCGGACGCUGAGCAUGUAAUCUUGAACCUGGAUCACGUCCCGAAUAAUAUAACAUGGGAAACAAUAUAUCCUGAAUGGAUAGAUGAAGAAGAAGAAUUUGAGGUCCCCACUUGUCCUUCUCUGCCCAAAAUUCAGUUUCCGGGUAAACCAAGGAUUGAUCUCAUAGUUGUAAAGCUUCCAUGCAAGAAGUCUAAGGACUGGUAUAGAGAUGUAGCUCGUUUUCACUUGCAGCUGGCAGCAGCAAGGCUGGCUGCCAGUAAUAAAGGGUAUCAUCCAAUACAUGUGCUUCUGGUUACUGAGCAUUUCCCAACCCCCAAUCUGUUCACCUGUAAAGAGUUAGUUGUACGUGAAGGCAAUGCAUGGCUAUAUGAACCUAAUCUGAACACUUUAAGAGAGAAGCUCCACCUCCCUGUUGGGUCAUGUGAACUUGCAGUUCCUCUCAAGGCUAAAGCAAAUUGGCACUCUGGAAAUGUAAGACGAGAAGCCUAUGCAACUAUUCUCCACUCAGCAAAUUUUUAUGUAUGUGGAGCCAUAGCUGCAGCACAGAGUAUUCGCUUGGCAGGUUCAACCCGAGAUCUUGUGAUACUUGUUGAUGAGACUAUCAGUGACUACCACAGGGGUGGUUUAGAGGCUGCCGGAUGGAAGAUCCACACGAUAAAGAGAAUAAGGAAUCCUAAAGCUGAACAGGAUGCCUACAAUGAGUGGAACUAUAGCAAAUUUCGUCUCUGGCAGCUGACAGAUUAUGACAAAAUCAUCUUCAUUGAUGCGGAUUUGUUGAUACUGAGAAAUAUUGAUUUUCUCUUUGAGAUGCCUGAAAUAACUGCAAUAGGAAAUAAUGCAACCCUUUUUAAUUCAGGCGUGAUGGUCGUUGAACCAUCAAAUUGCACAUUUCAGCUGUUGAUGGAUCAUAUCAAUGAGAUUGAAUCAUACAAUGGUGGGGAUCAGGGGUAUUUGAACGAAAUAUUCACCUGGUGGCAUAGGAUCCCAAAACACAUGAACUUUUUGAAACAUUAUUGGGAAGGUGAUGAGGAGGAGAAGAAGCAAAUGAAAACACGUCUUUUUGGUGCUGAUCCUCCAGUUCUCUAUGUUCUGCACUACUUAGGCCUGAAACCUUGGUUAUGCUUCAGGGACUACGAUUGCAACUGGAAUGUGGGUAAGUUGCAGGAGUUUGCAAGUGAUGUGGCACACAGGACGUGGUGGAAGGUCCAUGAUGCCAUGCCAGAUAACUUACAUAAAUAUUGUUUGCUUAGGUCUAAACAGAAGGCUGCACUAGAGUGGGAUCGAAGAGAAGCUGAGAAAGCUAACUUUUCAGAUGGUCAUUGGAAGAUCAAAAUAAAGGACCCACGUUUGGAGACUUGUUAUGAAGAAUUUUGCUUCUGGGAAAGCAUGUUAUGGCACUGGGGUGAAACAAACUGGACAGAUAAUGCCACCUCUUCACCAACACCUCCCAUGGUCAAUACUGCUUCACUUUCUUCUUUGUAACUAGGAGGUUCUGUUACUAUACCUCGCUAGUCUGUAAGUAAUACAGAGUCACAACUUGAAUGUCAACCAGUGCCAUUAGUAUACAUGGUGUCAACACUUUCCCCACCCUUGAAUAUAGUCUUCUUUGCAGCUAUGUUGCUUCAAUUGUUUGCCAUCUUGUCUUGUUUCCUAUACGACUGUUUUCUCUUGGCCAAAUGGAGUGGCUUCAGGAGUUGGUUUUUCUUGACUAUCCUAUUACUUAAGUUAUAAGGGGAGCAUUGGAGCAAUCAAUUAAGUCGUCUCCGUAUGGAUUCGUGCCGUGGAAACACCCAUUGAUGCUUGCGUCAGUGUAGGCAGCCUACAUUAAGCCCCUUGGUUUCUGGCCCUUCCUCGGACCAUGCGUGAAUGUGAGAUGUUUUGUGCAACUGGUCAUCCUUUUUCUUUUUUAUUAGUGGUAAAGGUAUUGUAUUAAAGUUCAGCAAAAUGCUGCAAAGAGGAGUCACUGUCUCAUUGAGAAUCUGUCUGUUUUGAGGCGCACCGUAUCAUUGUUGUAAUGAGUGUACAAACAAAGUAAACUUACACUAUUUAUGAAAUUUGUUGAUUGUAAAAAGCCCAA